ACAUUGUGGUCCAAAGGAAUGAGACUAUAAGAAUGUAGUAAAAAUGGAUUAAAUGUGUUUUAAAGUGCUGAAUUGCUGAUAAAUGCAUUCUGCAGGAUGUUUUCCAACUCUGAGUGUAUGAUUACAGAGUUAUAUAAAGGAGACAGGCUGCAGUCAUAUGUGUGUGUGAGUGUUUAUAGAGAAAUAACAGCGAACACAGUAGGAGAAGAGUUUUCUCUGCCUUGAAGUGAGUAUGUCUCUUAGGGAUCCACCAUAUGAACCUCCUUCUGUCUCAGAUCUGCAGGACUUCCUGCUGGCAGACAGAAGACCCACUGGUCAUGUCAAUCAGGUCUGGCCUAACCUUUACAUAGGCAACGAGGCGGCGGCUCGUGACAAGGGCACUCUCCACAGUCUGGGAAUAACACACAUUGUAAAUGCUGCCCAUGGACGCCCAAACCCCGGCCCCGGACCCUGCUUCUACGUCAACACUGGCCCACGUUUCUACAGAGACAUGACAGUGGAUUAUUAUGGGGUGGAGGCUGACGAUGCAAUGGACUUCAUCCUUAGUCCUUUCUUUUACCCAACAGCCCGAUACAUCAGAGCUGCACUGGCAAAGGGAGGACGGGUGUUUGUCCACUGUCUGAUGGGUGUGAGCCGCUCUGCAACACUGGUGCUGGCCUUUCUGAUGAUCGUUGAGGGGCUGAGGCUGCAGGAGGCGGUGGCUGCCGUCAGGCCGCACAGAGACAUCUGUCCCAACCCAGGCUUUCUGCAGCAGCUCCGGGGCCUCGACAUGAGCCUGGAGAGGGAGAGGAGGAGGCGACGACAGGCACAAACACUAGGUCACCCAACCCAGGAGGAGGAGACACUAUCUCUGACAGAGCUGAGGCAAAUUCUCUGGACAAACAGGAUGCCAGUGGCACCUUUCAACCAAGUCUGGCCCAACCUGUAUAUCGGAGACAUGUCCGUGGCGCAAGAUAAAACUACACUCUCGUCUCUGGGUGUGUCUCACAUACUGAAUGCCGCAGCAGGUCGACACCGGAUCAACACAGGUCAGCAGUUCUACAGUGACCUUGAAGUGGAAUACCACGGUGUUGAAGCCGCAGACCAUCCAGAGUUUGACCUCCGACCUUUCUUCAACCCUGCUGCACAGUUCAUAGACAGCGCUCUGAAGAAGAACGGAAAGGUGUUUGUCCACUGCGCCAUGGGUGUCAGUCGGUCUGGAGCGCUGGUUCUUGCGUAUCUGAUGAUCUGCCAGGGCCUGUCGUUAGCAGAAGCCAUCGUCGCUGUGCGUCUAAACAGAGACAUUGGACCCAAUUCAGGCUUUCUGGAGCAGCUAAGGCAGCUGGAGCUGAGCCUCAGUCUGCAGAACAGACAGGUUACAGAGGAGGACACAUCAUGACGAUGAACACAUGCCCUUUCACCUUUGUCAGACACCUGUUUUAUUUGAAAUGCAAAUUUUCUGAAAUAGCAAUUCAAUCUGAGAAAUAAAAAGGUAAUCUAUGUGUCAUUUGUUGCAAGAAAAGCUCAGCCUCAUAGAUGAUCUUUGCCCCAACAAUCAAUGAAAUGUAACUACUGAAUGCUUUAAGUUUUACGUCUCCAGAAAUAACUCCCUGAUCCCCACACCUGUCCACACAUGACUGACAUUCUUAUAAUGACAAUAAUGCAACAUGCCACUCUUAAUAAACUUCUUUCUCUUUCCUGA